AUGUCUUCCUCCUCUGAUUCUUCUUCUUCCCGUCGCUCGGCGGGAAACCCCGUGUCGACUUCUUCGUCAUCUUCUUCCACUUCCAGUCCUCGCCGUAUGGAGAUUCCGCCUGGUCUCUCACCGGCGUCUUCUUCCCAACCGACUCCCUCUUCUUCGGGGGCGGUGGCUCCUCUGAGUCCGGCUGCUCUGUUCAAGCCCUGCUCUCGGCGCGCCGUCUUCACCCAUGAUGCGAUCCAGGGUGACGAGUUCUUGAAGAGCUUGGGGCCGUACUCUGUUAAGUACUGGUCUCGGGUCCGAGCCAUGGCAAAACGAGGCCUGCUGCCAGACGGCGCGGCCACUUUAGGUAGUUCUCCCAUGUCCUUCCCUUCUCUUUCUUUCUUUGUCCGACUGCUAACACUAAUCUCUUUCUUUACUGGUCCUUACGACUCCGACUCUACCAGCUCCGACGAAGCUGAGACUCCCACUCCAGAGAUGGCUAACAGAGCUAAGAAGAUGAGGCGUCGACUGUCUCAACGCGCCUCGGGUGCCGCCGCUGCCUCUUCAUCUUUCCCUUCUCCAGCCUCGAGGUCGACUCCUCCACCACCAUGUACCGUGGUGGACCUGACGCCGUCACCUGUUGUCUCGCCUUCCCGAGUGCCGCCUUCUCCUCCGUCUGAGAGCCCAAGCUCUAAGCGGCCAGUCGAGCAAUCGGAUGCGCCGGCUCCAAAGAGGAUCCGGUUGUGA